GUUCGCUUCAAGGUGCACGCCCGCGCGGAAGGCUGUCGCUGUCCGGACCGUUGUUGUUCAAGAGAGAGGCGCGUGGCUGUGUGUGUGUGGUGUCCGUAGAAGCGCGCUUGCCGUCACCGAAGCCCCCCACUCUGUACUACGAUCGUCUCAUUUGUGCCGACGAGGAUGUGUCGCCACCGCCGGGCCCGGAGGCCCCGUCGCGGAUGCGGUGAUUGGUGACGCGACGACCCCACCGCCGCGAGCUCACACGCGACCGUGUGCUGACGACGACGCGCUCUCUUCCUUUACGUGGGCCCCUGUAUGUGCGUUCUGUGCGACCAGGCCGCGGACGCGGACAUGCUCUCAGAAGUGGACCUCAUGGUUCAGCUGUCCCUUGGCAGCAGCCCACCUACAACACUCAGUGGGUCCGGUACGACAGCAGGCUCCCAAUUGGGCUCGCCCACAUCUCUGCCGGAGGCGUUCACAGCACCAAGCUCUGGUGGGGAGGGCAGCAGCGGGGGCAGCCCUUCAGACGGUGGCUCCGGGGGCAGUGCAGCACUACCUCAGCUGAGCACGAAGUGCAGCCUUUGCCAUGACACCUUCACCAUCCCAAAGGUGUUGAACUGCUUGCACACCUUUUGUCAGCCAUGCCUGGAGAAGGAGUGUACGGGGGACAAAGUUCGUUGUCCUCAGUGCAACCAUGACACUCCCUUGCCACCAGGGGGCACAGCCGGCCUUCCUUCGGACUACGCAGUUUCGAAUAUCCUUGAAACUGCUGCCCUCGAAGGGGCCAGCCUUGGCUGUACAGGCUGCAAGGGCAAGGAGUCCAGCGCAGUUGCACGGUGCUUUGACUGUGCCAACUUCCUGUGUCCCAACUGCGUGAUGGCCCAUCAGUUCAUGCACUGCUUCGAGGGCCACCGAGUACUGACACUAGGGGAGCUUCAGAGUGCGCGGGAUGGGCUGCGAGCGCCACAGGACAAACCGGUUGCCUGCCUGCGCCAUCGAUCAGAAGCCCUGCGUUACUUCUGCCGCUCAUGUGACACGCCCGUCUGCAAGGAAUGUGCCUUGCUCGACCACCCAAAGGCGAUGCACGACCUGGAGCCAUUGAGCGAAGCAGCACCUCGUCACGUAGAGGGCCUAUCACACAUGGUGGAGGAUGGGCGGGUCAAGUCGCACGACCUUAGGGCCGCACUCAAGACACUUGACCAGGUGUCAAGCCGUCUCCAGUCUCAGUACCAACGGGCUCAAGGGGAGGUCGGCGACACUUUCCACUUCUACCGCUCCAUGCUCGAGGAGCGACGGCAGGAGACCUUGCGCGAGCUUGAGAACGUGUACAAUGCGAAGAUGGUCUCUCUAGGUCUGCUUGGACAGAAGGUUCAAGAGACCAUUGAAAGGAUCCACCAGGUGUGUGCCUUCGUUGAGCGGCUGACUCGCUUUUCUACGAGCACCGAGGCUCUAGUCUUCAAGCAGUUACUGGAGACGAAGUUCCAGGGAUUUUUGUCGUUUCGGCCGGAGGCAGGGCUCCACGGCAUGGACCUUGAAUUUGUAUCCAACUACCAGGCAAUCCAAGUGGGCGUGCGCAACACUUUUGGCUACAUCAAGCAAGGUGGAGCACCUGAGGGGGCCCCACGGCAGCCACCCAUUGCUCGGCCCAAUGGUGUGGUCCUUGGCCCAGCUGAGCGUAGUUCCACCCUGCACCAGAAUGGACAUCAUCCACCACCACCUCCAACAUCUCCUUUUGAGUCCAACCUCCUGUCAAAGAGAUUUAGUUCAGCCAACAGUCUCGGACCAUUCUCGACCAGUCUUGCCGACGUCAGCCCAUACGAGAAGUGGUCCAGUGGAGGUGCUGACAUUUUCCACAAUGGCUCGGACUUCGGCGCUCCCCAAGAUGCUCCGGCGCCUCCACCUCAAAAUGCCUUGGCCGAACUGUCGUCUAAGUACCUAGCCAGCACAGGAGUAGGGCUGUAUCCGCUCAAGUCGCAGAUCAAGCGGCAAAAGAUGAUUUAUCACUGCAAGUUUGGUGAGUUUGGAGUCAUGGAGGGCCAGUUCACGGAGCCCUCAGGCGUGGCUGUGAACGCACAGAAUGACAUUGUUGUGGCUGACACAAACAACCACCGCAUCCAGAUCUUUGACAGGGAAGGUCGCUUCAAGUUCCAAUUUGGCGAGUGUGGGAAGCGCGACGGACAGCUUCUCUACCCAAACCGAGUGGCCGUGGUUCGCCAGUCCGGGGACAUCGUGGUGACAGAGCGCUCGCCAACGCACCAGAUUCAGAUUUACAACCAGUACGGGCAGUUUGUGCGCAAGUUUGGUGCCGUAAUUCUGCAGCACCCGCGCGGCGUUGCAGUGGACCCGAAGGGCCGCGUUGUCGUGGUCGAGUGCAAGGUGAUGCGGGUCAUCAUCUUCGACCAGAGUGGCAAUGUGCUGCAGAAGUUUGGCUGCUCCAAGCACCUCGAGUUCCCCAACGGCGUGGUAGUCAACGACCGACAAGAGAUCUUCAUCUCUGACAACCGGGCGCACUGCGUCAAGGUGUUCAACUACGACGGGGUGUUCCUGCGGCAGAUCGGUGGAGAGGGCUUGACAAACUAUCCCAUUGGGGUCUGCAUGAACCAGGGGGGCGAGAUCCUGGUGGCGGACAACCACAACAACUUCAACGUGACUGUGUUCACCCAGGACGGGCAGCUCGUGAACGCUCUCGAGUCCAAAGUCAAGCAUGCGCAGUGCUUCGAUGUGGCUCUCAUGGAUGACGGCUCUGUGGUGCUGGCGAGCAAGGACUACCGGCUGUAUGUCUACCGCUACGUGCAGCUUCCCGCGUCGUCAUCUGCGCCUCCAGGCUCGGGGGGCAGUGGCGGCAGCGGAGGCUGUCUCUGAUGGGCGAGUUUGGGGCCAUAUUUGUUGCCGCGCCUUGUUUGCACAGGCUUUCUCUCUCUCUCUCACACACACUCCUUUCUCGUUACAUUUUUGUCACCAUCAUAUGACCUCAUUUCUUCGCAUGCCUCUUGCCCUUUUACAUUUUUCUUUUUUUAGUGGUUUUGUAAUGGUGAGAACGAUGUGUAUAGCUUUUUUUUUAAUGAGAGCAAGAGGUGCAUCGUUAAAGAGGGAGACAAAGCCAGUGUUCUCUCCCCCUCCCCGAUUAUUUUUUUUUCUCUUGUCAUGGUCUGUGAAGGACUUUACAAUGUUUAGCCAGUGAUUGGCAGUUUUUAUCAAGAAGGCACCACCACUGCUGUUCCUUUUAAACAUGACUAUUUUUUUUUUCUUUACGACAGGCUUGCUGUCACUUGUGUUGUGGCCUGUGUCAUGUUUUUUUUUUUUCUUUGAUCUGAUCUACUUAAGUUAUUUGGGGUUUUAGUGCAUAUGGUUUCAUUGUUUAUUUAAACCAUGUAUAAUCUACACACAGAGGCUCUUGUUAUGUUAAGUAGCAUAGUUGUUGUAGUGUUGUUUCCUUUUCUUUUUUUUACAUUUUCUGAUUUUUUUAUCUGUUUGGUUUGUGGGAUUUCCUCAACCGAUAUAUUAUUACUUUUCGUUUGAAGCUUCCCCUUUAUUUAGUAUUGUGUCCGGUUAAGUCUGUUUGCUGUUUAUUGCAUUCUUUGUUUGGUUGGCUUCUUUUUCCUUCCACCCCCUUCCCCUUUUUAGUAUUUUGUUUUCAAUGUUUAUUAUAUGCUCUCUCUGUUAGAUCUUGUUUGUUUGGGUUGCCUAGGAGAGCUUUUGAGGUUACAAGCUUUUUGUGUAUGGUCCUAGUCAUAAAUCGUGAAUGGUGCAGCGAAGAAAAAAAAAAGUAAUGUGUUUUAGGAGCCCACAGAUCACACACACAUACACACAUUCAUGUACACACGGUAAUUUAAGGAAGGCUGCAGAAGAACAAGAGGUAGACAAUAGUCAUGCCAAAGAGAUGUUGUCCUAGGCAGGCAUCUAUGAAGGAAGUUUGGGGGGAGGGGGGGGGUAGUUUGCACUGCCAUAUUUUAAGCCAGUUCUGUCAUCAACCAGCUUCUUGAGGCAGCUGUGAUUGGUUUGAUGCCGGCAUGUGCAUAGAGGGGCCAGUCAUAAGCGCUAUCACUCUUCAUUUUACUCCCUCUCAGGUUUUAAUCCUGUCAUUUUUUUUUUCUGUCGCCCUGAUGAGCCAUGUGGUGUCUGGCAUUGGGUUUGUUACCUGAACGUAUUUGAGUAAUUCUGUGGAGCUUGGAAUGCUCGCAUGUGAAGGCAGUUGUGCCAAGUGUUGUCGUUGUGCUCCCCAUCUCCCUAAAGCUGGUGUAUGGGGUUUCUCCUUCCCAAUCCCCUCUUCUCUGUUUGUUUUAUUAGCGUGACCUGUGAAAAAACUUCUGUCAAUGUGUUUAGGGUUAGGGGGUGGGGAGCUUACACCAAUAGUCCCAGGAGAUCUUUCCUUAUCCUCUUCUGCCCCCCGUGUUGUUGAACAGUUAAUACUGCCAUCGUCCCCUAGGUUGCGGUCCCUGGCAGUUGUAGCCAGAGGCGGCAGCGCCUUCUCCAAUUACUUUGACGUGAUUCUCGUAGCAGCUGCAGUUGACAAUUCUCGCAGGUGGGUCUAGGGGUUGAUCGUAGCUUGUUGAACGUGGGGCAAAAAUUUUACCACGUUAAGGGUUUUGAAUUCCUUCUAAAGAAUGUAGUACGUUCCUCGGGCUCAGUUUUCCUUUCUGCGGCUAGUCAUUGGGGGCUGCCGUCGUCUGAGGAGUUUCCCUGUCCAAGCUUCGUUCACUCGAGGUCUUAUAAAUUGUGUAUGACCGUUACCGAUUUCACUACUGCAUGUGGGAGAACCCGCCAAACCAAACAGAGUAAUGAAACGCGAAGGCCAAGAAUGUUGUCCUUGCUGUCUGGUCUGGAGCUUUUUAUAAGAGUUAAGUUUUUUUGUUACUUUAGUUUGUGUUGUUUAAAAGGAAGUUUUAGAUUGCGCCAUUCUGUUUUUAUAUUUAGGGAGCAACGCUUUUCUUGCUGUUGGCACAUUACUGCUUCUCUUUUCGUGUGUUCAGUGGUUUUCCUUUUUUUUUCGUCUUAUGCAUUUACAUGUUACUGCCAUUGGUAUAGUUUGCACUACACAACCUGAAUGUCUUCUAGAAGUGGCUGUGCAGGAACACUUCAUGCCUGUAUGCUUUGUUGUAUUUUUAUUUUUCGUCUGAUGUAUUGUGUAUAAUUGAACGCACAUGUAUUGCUUGGUCUUGCGUGCAGGCCUGGCAUAGUGGGCCACAUAGUGCAUGACGUUACUUGGCAUGUGAAAAAAAAAGUGGAAGGUGCGACGCGCAAUGCUCAAGGUUUCGACGACCGCCUCACAGCAGUGUGCAUUUUUGGCUCGUCGGCAGCAGAUGUGAACGCUAUGUUGUUUGCUCCUAUAUAACUCAUUUCUCUACAUGACAGAAUUUUGCAGUUGUGAUUCACCAAGCACACAAACACGAAGUAUUCUGUUGAAUAAACUAUUUUUGUUGUUUCAGCAAUAAGUGAGUGAAUGCCAGCAUGGGCAAGCAAAGCAUGCAAACACGUUUUGCAGUGGCACACGUUUUCUGAGAAUCUCUUGCUUCUGUUAGAAGGAAACUGUUGGUUCUUCGCUUUUCACGCAGGGUCUGACGAUGCGUUGCAUGCAAUGAAGGCUGCGGGCUUUUUCCUAGCCGCAUCCACACUGCUGUGGACAGAAGCGCUCAUGUCUCUUUUUUUUUCUUCUCAAGCUGUGCUACUUGGCUUGGGUCGUGUAGGCAAUGUUUGCGAGUGCAAGUUGUCGUUUCAAUGUGCCCUCUGGUUGUCUGUACAAGUGUGUGCCUGUAUUUGUGUGUGUGGUUGUACAUGUGUCUGAUGUGGUGAUGGCCUUGAACAUCGGCUGAGGUACUCCCCCAUCCACAACCCUUCGCCCCAUCCCCUGCUCCCACCCCAUCUAUACAUAUCCACUACAUCGUUUGUUGCUAGCUGAGGUGUGAAGAAAGGCCUGGUGUGUUCUUGGGUCGCCUGGCUUCCCUAGCAGAGCUCUAAAAAAAAAACCCCGAUCCAUUUUCUUCCUUCCAGACUAUGCAAGUAUGCAUGGGUAGACGAAGCUGAAUGACCACGCAUUUUUCUUCUGUAGUGGCCACCAUUGAAUAUCGCGGUUUGUCGUUUGGAAGCAUCAUUUGUUUAGCUACGCUCAUACAUGCUUUGGCAAACAUGCAUGUGCCUUCAUGCAGUGCUUGAUUGGCUUUUAUUCAUUUAUUCUCUAUGCCACAUAAUUGUUUCGUGUGCACUUUUCAUUAUGUGAUCUCCUUACUCUUCUUGUUUCUGACAGUUCUAAUUCAGCGGUCUCUGGUGCCAUUACAUUCCGGAGUUGUUUCCACAAACGCUACCACUUUUUCGUUCUCCUCCUUCGCAAUCUUGAGUGCUUGUCAUUGCUGUGCUCCUAGGGCUUCCAAGGCUUUUGAGAAAGCUUAAUUACCAAAUCGCCACCAUUGCUUAGUCUUUUCGGAUGAGGGAACUGGCUGGAGCAAUAUACCAUCAAGAGAACAUGAUCAGACCUUCUGUGCACCGUCUCACGCUGUUUGUGUGCUGCAGAUUUUUUCUGGGAGUGAAUCUUAUCGCUCUAGACCAAGCCACAAGGUUCGUUAACAUUUUAUCCAGUUAGGUUCGUCAAGGAACACAGUUGAUUGCAUAUUCCAUAUUCCAGUUUACGAUGCCAACUUGUCGAAAGAGUUUAAGGUUUUUAAUAGUACAAAACCACAUGUCUUUACGGCAGUUACACAGUUUCAUUUGCAUUUUUUGUUUCGUAUGCGCGUGUUUUGUUUUGCGUUGACAUUUUUGGAAGGUUUAUUAUUUAAAGAGGAAAAAAAAAACAUGAGAUGAAGUUUCUCGUUCUUAAUAUAUUAUCUCCAUGUUCACGGCAUAUACAUAUAUGAAAGUAUAUACGUGUGUGCAUGCAUGCAUAUAUUUAUACCGUGUAUGUGGAAAGAAAAAUGUUGAAACCGUUUUGUGUGAACGUGCAUUUAUCAUUGCAGUGUGGAGGGCUGUUUGGGAUGAGGGUGGUUGCUUCAGGUGUUCUGUUUUUCUCAACACCCAUCGCCAUUGACGGGGUGUCUCGGAGGCUCUCUUACGAAGGUGUUUCACUUGCUCACCUCGCUCUCUUGCAAAAAAAAGACAGACUUCCCCUCUCAUAGGUAGGUGCCAUUUCUUAGUCUCUAGGCACACCAUGCACAGACGAUGCUACCAGGCGUAUGUUACACUGGCAUCCCAACCGCUAAUUUUCUAGGACAGUGCACCGACAAUGAGCCCAUGUUCGUGGAGCCUCUUUUUUGACUGCUACACAAAGCCCAAGAGGAUGCCUCCACAGCAGCCCUGUAGAUGCGCAGUGUUCGUUGGCUUUGCCAAGCAUUGGCGGACAGGCUGGCGUCCAGAUCAGAGGGCAGUGGUUGCAUUGGAAGUUGGCAUUGGCACUUCUCUCCACUGCAUUUCAUGUUGCAGGACAGCCCGGUCGCAGCGUGCAACUUUGGCCUUGGAGUUAUUUUUUUUUAAGCCUUGUGGGGCCAGGCGGUACGGUGUGUGCUGCCUUGCCUUGCCGCUGGCUCCGGUUGUACGUGCCUAGUCAAGUGCCACUUUCAUUGCAUACAAGGUCAAAGAAGGCUUCAGUGCUAAGAAGAGGAAAAAGAAAAGCAAUGUGGUUUCAUUGCUCUGUCCUGCUCACCCCCCGAUAUUUUUUUAAACGUAGGGCAGCAGUUGUGCGAGUUGUGUGCUGUUCGUGUUGUCCGGCCGUCUUUCGUGUGGAUGCCCGUACAUUCCCGUCAAGUUUUUCAACUUGCGUUUUUUGUCUCGGCUGCUGUUUCUCUGACUAGUUGCUGCAGGUUGCAUGUUUUCUCUCACUACUGUUUGUCGCCUUCUCUCUGUCUCGUCUGUCACUGCAUCUUUUCUGUUUCUAGCAGACGUGCUCAACACUUGUUCAGAGCUGUUAUUUAUUUGUUCCUCAUCAUUUUGAAUGCUGCUGCGGCAGUAGUUUUAAGUUCUUUGUUAACGGGCUGCAGGCCAUCGUGUGACUCCAUAUUGACGUUAAUGCAGUUUUUCUACCAAGAGUUCCAUGGUGUGAAUUUUUCAUCAUCUUUGUGUGUUUUCCAGUAAAGUGAUUGUGUCGUUGUCUGUCCCAUGUGCCCCUUUUCCCCAGUGAUGUACAGAACUGAGUUGCACUCAUCGGUUUCUUCUCCCUUUUAUGUUCAUCGUAUCAAAGCCCCACGAAGACCACACCCCACGUUUUAUAGCAGUCUGCACUCUCGAGCCAUUAAUUGGGGCCGGGGGCUGGCUUAGGCUCACCACCGAUAUUUGUUGCUCUCUCUCCAGCAGGGGUAUAAAAAAAGAUUAUCGUACAAUGUUCACUACAUCUUUUUGUUUACUUUCAGAAGAAAAAAAAACUUGCGUGUUGUGUACAGCUGAGAAGCUGCUUUUUGACUGUACGAAUGGUGUUUCAAGAGUAAACGUUGACAUCUUUAGUAUUUUUUAUACGCAAGCGCUCCCGAGUGGUCGCCGACCGGUGAAUCGUCCAGGUGACCGCCCCGUGUGGGUCGGUGUGUUCGUAUGCAUUUUCCAAAGAAUGCUGUUGCACACCUUGGGAAUUGGUUGCUGGCUGCAUCUUUUGGAAAGCAGUGAAGUGGUACAGUGCAAGGGCGUUUGCAAAACAUGUUUGCUACCUUGCCUGAAUCAGAUCUCUCCAGCAUUGCAGUCCGGGAAAAAAAAAAAACAUCAACAGUGCGACAAUCUUAAACCGGGGGAAACAGACUUUGCAGACUUGGUAUUACACAGCUGGCAUGCGACCCCAGUGCCCCUUCCCCAUCAAGGCUGGCGAUGCUGUAGUCGUGCAGAAGAGAUUGCGGUGCUGUGUUAGCAGCAGCGACAGUCUUGGUCGGGUUUGGUUGUAUGAAUGGCGUCUGCCAUUUCGAGCUCCUUGCUUGCAAGCCGAAUCAGGCGCCUAGCUGCAGGUCUUCGACGUGAACCAGUACGGCGGUUCUAAGCCUUGUGUGUUUUGUUAUGUUGGUGCUGCAAGAACACAAUGAUUUAUAAGUAAACUGCGUUAGAGCGGAUGGAAAAUGCAAAAAAAAAAGCCAUCUAGACAGGUGAACAAAGUAAAGCGUUGCGUAAACGGCGUGUUUAUUUAGAGAAGUCCACCACUUCACACACGCAGAGUCAGUUGUUAAAACAGAGUGGCACCCUUAAAAAAAGUUUUCUGGAAAUGUUAGUGCUUCUGGUUGGGCUUUCGGUUCGUGUUAAGAAUCGCCGAGUGUUAACGCAUUCACCCGGAGUUUUUGACGCUUUUAAAAGUUCAAUUUCUUUACUGUGUGCUGUACAGUGUAGACUCUCAGGAGUUACUGCUUAGUGCUGGCUGAUGCACGUGUAGUAAUUUGGUGCCUUUUUAGCGUCAAUUGAAUGAGGCACAAAAAGAGAUUUAAAAAAAAGUGGGCGCCAAUUUUUUUUUCUGGGAAUGGGCAUUUUGCUUCCCUUUUAGUCUCCUUCGAACAGGAUCUCUUGUGGAAGUGCCGUGAGCUGCUCUCGGGAAUAAUCAGUACUGAAUUUAGGCAUUCUUUUCUGGUGCAAGGUUCAAUGCGAUUCUCACAGGCCUUCACAUUUCUCUCAUGUGUGUGUGAUGUAACUAACUUAUUAGACCAACAUUGUUUGUACUUUUUUAUGUCUACUCCCUUUUUUUGUUGAGAUUUAGUGUAUGGGUAACACAUAAACAAUAAAAUAUUUUUGUUUUGGUGAGCA